AUAUUUAUUAACCUUUUUUGAGUGGUGCUGUUUUAAGAUCACGAUAUGUCUUUUAAAUAACAUCUCGCAAGGAUCAUAAAUUCAAAAUAACCAAUUAAAUCUUAAAAUAACAAAAGAAUAAAAAAACUGUGAUUCGCGAAAUAAAAAAUUACAAUGAGUACAUCUUCUUCCGAUCUUAGAGACAUCGAGGUGAACGUAGUUUCUAGUCCCGAAUCGACCAGUAGAAAUAAUUCUCCGGAACCAGACGGGAAUUAUCAAAGACUGUUGAAUCAUCACAUUCCGGGCGCGAACAUCACGUGUUUUCCGGUGAUCAAAACUUCAGAGGAAAAAUGCGAAAAGGAUAAAGAUUCUUCAGCUGUUGCUACCACGCAGAAGAGUUCUGGCGGAUCAACUAACUUCUCUAUAUCGAGUAUAUUAAGCAGAAAUGAACCGACGGCUAAAAAAAACAUCUUUGGACAACAAAAUCCUUUGGAAGCAGCGAUUAAUUCUAAUAAUGAUAGUGCAAUGUUAUCAAGAUUGGGCCUGAUGUCGCAUUUCGGAGCUUUGGCAGCAGCUAGUAGCCGAUAUGCAGCACUUUGUGGUCCGACCGAUCCCAGGAAUAUCCCUUGGUAUUGGGGAAGAUUACAACCGCAAAUCACGCCAGAGAAGACCAGCUCUAACGGGGAUUCAAUAAAUGGAGAUCAAUCACCCCCUCCUUCUCCACGAGAAACUCAAAGCGGCAUACAGUCAGAAAACACAAGAAUAUCACGGCCUUCAUCGCCAUCAGAAGGUCAAAGAUCGCCAACGAGUAGUCCAAAUCCGCACGGCAUGAUCCAUUCAACUCAUCCGGCGUUUUUAGAUCAGAAUUAUAUGAAUAUGGCGCGAUCUAAAAGUCCUUUUAGAGACGGUGAUAAUAUGGUGAUAGACGAAGAGGUUGAAGAGGAAGAAAGUGAUUACGAUAACGAUAAAGAUAAAAAAUCACAAAACGCCAAUUUGAGUCCUGGCGGUUCGCUGGCUAACAAACGAAAAAAGAAAACGCGAACAGUAUUUUCAAGAUCUCAAGUUUUCCAAUUAGAAUCGACGUUCGAUAUGAAAAGGUACCUAUCGAGUUCGGAACGAGCCGGAUUAGCCGCAAGUUUACAUUUAACGGAAACUCAAGUGAAAAUAUGGUUUCAAAAUCGAAGAAACAAAUGGAAACGGCAAUUAGCAGCAGAAUUGGAAGCUGCUAAUAUGGCACACGCGGCACAGAGGCUUGUUAGAGUGCCGAUUCUUUAUCAUGAAUCUGCUAACGCAUCGGCUAUUAGACAUCCCUUCGAACAGAAUCACAGUUUAAGUUUACACCAUCCUUUAGAUGCUGGCCGUGAAGGACCUACCUCAACAACUAGUCCCGUUGUAACAUCACCCGGUUACCCAAGUUCUUUGUAUUAUCAUCACCAAGCAGCGGUAGCGGCAGCCGUUCACAAUUUACCAUCAAGUCCAGUGAAUAGGCCACCAAUGUCUGGUUUAGUUUGAAAUAUACAAGACAAUGAUAACGUGAUAUAUACGUUUGAUCCGGUCAGUGUGUAAGAGAUGUGCAAAUAACUAAGAUAAUAAAAAAAAUAGAAAUUGCUUUGUAUAUAAUUACAUAUUAUUACUAUUGUAUUUAUUGAUUGUUGUAAUUUAUUUUUGUUUCUUUCAACUGUAUAUGGAGGGACUGUAUCGUGCAAAACGAUGAUGGUGUAUAUAAUAUAAAUAAUUAGUGUAUCAGAUAUAAUUCCAACUGGAAAGAUUUAUAUAAGCUACUAAUCACAGUUACCAAAGGCACUCUAUGUCAUCGACGAUAUCCAUACCAAAAAAAAAAUAAAUAAAUAAAAAAGCGAAUAGUUAAUCUAUUAUUACUGUGUAUAAUUGUGUAGUAAAAAUGGUUGUUACUGUGAAUAAACGGAUUUAAACAUAA